CGAACUCAAUGGGCCUUCAGUCUGAUCCCGUGAGAGCUCCUCUUGUGCUCUCCAUAGUGACAAGAAUGGAUAAUUGUUGCCUCUGCUUUAUAUAUGGUACAUUAUAAAAUGAAUUUAUAUUUAAAAAAAACUACACCAAAAGAAGACACAAAAAAUCUCAAUGACAAGAGCAGCAGCUAAGCUGCUCCUCCUCCUCCGUUUCAGUCUCACUGACAGCUUAGCUCUGAGCUGGGAAGAGGUGAGUCAGACAAGAGCUGCAGUCCAAGCAAGAGAGGCAGAAGCUCCGUGCUGCUGCUCAGGCAGUGAACUUUCACAACUGUCCCUGACUAGAGGGUCCUUUCCUACAGGUGUUCACAAGUACUGACACUGGUAUGAAGAAAAUGUAGAAAGAAUGAAAUGACAGACGAUUAAAAUUAUGCCUGCCUUGCUGGGGCUUCCGUGGUCACUCUUUGCAGAAGAUGGAUAACUUUUCCGAGGACAUCGCAGACAACAAUAAUACUCUGAAUUGCACCAUUGAUCACACCAUACACCAGACAUUAUCACCUGUGAUAUAUGUCCUUGUCUUUGUGGUAGGACUCCCAGCCAACUGUCUCUCGUUGUACUAUGCCUACUUGCAGGUGAAGGUCAAGAAUGAGUUGGGGAUCUACCUUUGCAAUUUGACCAUAGCGGAUCUGCUUUACAUCUUCUCCCUGCCCUUUUGGCUCCAGUAUGUUUUGCAGCAUGACAACUGGACCUACGAUGAACUCUUAUGCAAAAUUUGUGGCAUUGUCUUGUAUGAAAAUAUUUACAUCAGCGUUGCCUUCCUCUGCUGCAUCUCAAUUGACCGUUACCUGGCUGUGGUGCAUCCUUUUCGCUUCCAUCAGUUUCGGACAAUGAAGGCUGCCGUGGUGGUGAGCAUUGCCAUCUGGACCAAGGAAAUUCUGACCUCCUGCCUUCUUUUUACGCACGGUGAAGUGACUAAAGACUCGGAGAGCCAUGUGGUGUGCUUUGAGCAUUAUCCCAUCAAAACGUGGGAACACAACAUCAAUUAUUACCGUUUCACGGCUGGUUUCCUAUUUCCCUUUUGUCUGCUCAUUUUCUCUUACUAUGGCAUUCUGCGAGUUGUCCGCAAGAGCCAUGGCACUCAGAAGAAGAAGAAGAUUCAAAUUAUACGUCUGGUGUCGAGCACAAUUAUCAUUUUCUUGGUGUGCUUCGGACCAUAUCAUGUUCUAUUGCUGAUACGCAGCAUCUUUGAAAACAGCUGUGAAUUUGCUGCCAGCAUCUUUAACUUGUACCACAUUACACUUUUGUUGACUACUUUUAAUUGUGUUGCAGACCCAAUAUUGUACUGCUUUUCAAGUGAGAGUACCUAUCAGUAUUUUGCAAAAUUAGGAGACACUUGUUUAAAGUGCCUACGAUGUAUACAGACAGAAAGCAAGGAAUCCUACGCAAUGAGUAUUCCAGAAACUGUAAAAAAAAUCCGGGAGCAGGCUGAGCUGGACCCAGAGUUGUUAACUAAGUUACAUGCUCGUGAAGUGGAAGAAACAUCUAUCAGCACUUUACCAAAGGAAGGAGUGAUCUAACGUCUCUGUACAUUUGCUCACUUCCCUUUUUGGAGUAUAGAUGUAUAGGAAUUAUUAUAUCUUGCAAAGAGGGACAAUAGUUCAAAAAGGCAAUCAACUGCACUAUGCUGAUAUUCUUUUUUUUUGUAACAUAGUUUUCAUUCAUUUUCAGCUUUAAUAUGUUUUGGUUGCAUUGAGAUAUACCUUUGUUAACAUCAGAGCAUAUGAUAUGCAACAAUUUCAUAAAAUUAAAACAAUAAACACUCAGAUAAGCAUUUCUGAAUAUAUUAACAAAGUUGUGUCUAAGGGUAUAUACCAAAAUUAUUACAAUUAUUACAGAUAUGAUAUGAUUUAUAGUAUCAUGUAUUGCUUAGAUUGAUGACCACAAGUUAAAGGUAUUUUGUAUCAAUAACAAUUAAAAUUUAUAGGAUA